GUUAUGUGCUGAAAAAGUACAGUAUUCACUUGGCUAACGCGGUGAAAGCAACGCAAAACGCCAGAGAGAGAGAGAGAGCGGAAAUGACUCUAACGCUGACACUGAAGUUCUUUGUGGGCCUGGGCCUGAUGAUCUGCCUGGCCCUGGGUGCAGCGGUGCCGCACAAGGCGCCCGUGGAUGAGGAGGAGUCCAUGCAUCCGCAUCUGGCACGGAGCAUCCGCUCCCGGACGAUCAGUGGCGAGGAGACGCAGGCGUAUUGGCACGCGGCCAGCAAGCAGCUGCUGCGUGAAAAGCUGAGCCAAGUGCGGAACACGAAUCGGGCCAAGAACAUCAUACUGUUCCUGGGCGACGGCAUGGGACUGGCCACGCUGGCUGCUGCCCGCAGCUACAUUGGCGGCGAGGAGCAGAAGCUCUCCUUCGAGGAGUUCCCCUUCACGGGACUCUCGAAGACCUACUCCGUGGACAAGAUAGUGCCGGACAGUGCCUGCACCUCGACCUCCUAUCUGUGCGGCGUGAAGGCCAACUACGGCACCAUCGGCGUGAAUGCGCAUGUGCUGCGCGGCGACUGCCAGGCGAUGGCCAAUGCCAGCAAUCAUGUCUUCUCGCUGGGCAAGUGGGCGAUGGAUGGCGGCAAGGCGGCCGGACUGGUGACCACCACACGCGUCACCCAUGCCUCGCCCUCGGGCGUCUAUGCCCACACGGCGGAUCGCGAGUGGGAGAACAAUGCCCUGCUGGAGGAGGGCUGCGGCGAGCAGGCCGCGCGACUGCAGGACAUUGCCGAGCAGCUGAUCUACGGCGAGGUGGGCAGCCGGCUCAAGGUGAUGCUCGGCGGCGGCAAGCGGAACUUCUAUGAUCCCGAGUUCUACGACAAGGGACGUCGCACCGAUGGACGCAAUCUGGUGGAGGAAUUCGAGGGACUGCAGCCCGGCAACACCUUCGUGAAGACGCAGAAGAAGCUGCUGAAGGUGAAUGCCACGGAGACGGGUCGCCUGCUGGGCCUCUUCAGCAGCGGCCACAUGCACUAUCACGUGGAGCAGCUGGCCGAUCCGGAGAACAACGAGCCCACCCUCGAGGAGAUGACCGAGAAGGCCAUCGAAGUGCUGGCGACCGAGGAGCAGGGCUACUUCCUGUUUGUGGAGGGCGGCAAGAUUGACAUCAGCCAUCACGAUACCAUGGCCCGCAUAGCGCUGGACGAGACCGCCGAGCUGUCGAAGGCUGUGCGGAAGGCGCGGGAGCUGACCAACCCGGAGGACACCCUCAUUGUGGUCACCUCCGAUCACUCGCACACCUUCAGCGUGGCCGGCUAUCAGCCGCGGGGCAGCGACAUCUUUGGAGCGGCCAAGACGAACGGGCUGGACAACAAACCCUACCUGCCACUCAGCUAUGCCAAUGGCAAGAGCUUCGAGAUGUACUACAACACGGAGACGAAUCAGCGCGAGGAUCCCGUCAGCGUGGCCACCGGCGACUUUGAGCAGCUCUUCCCCGCCAUGGUGCCCCUCGAGUCGGAGACGCACGGCGGCGAGGAUGUGGGCGUGUUUGCAUCCGGUCCGUGGGCCCAUCUCUUCACUGGUGUCUACGAGCAGAAUGCCAUUCCCCACAUGAUGGCCUUUGCCGCCUGCGUCGGCGAUGGUCUCACCGCCUGCGACUGACUGAUUGACAGCCAGAAGGACUCUUAAUUAAGGUUUUGCCCACUUGACGAUCCUCACGUCCGCUUUAUCAUCCUCAAUGAAUACUCAAAAGAUUGACAGGCGACUAACGCCCCGCCCCGCACCGACCCGCCCCGCUCAAAAGGUGCUCAAGAAACGAAAUUAGAUUGGGGAUUACUUGUACAUAAUAUAAGACGUUAUUUCCAAUCAAUAAAUACCAUACCUAUAUAC